CCGGUACCCAUAACACAACAAUCAUGUUUAUCAUCUAUGUUUUCCUAUUUCUCUCUUCAGCCAUUAUAGAUUCCAAUGAGCUAGCAAUGGCCCAAAAGCUGGAAGCAAUUGGUGGGAAAGGGGGUAAACAGUGGGAUGAUGGAGCUGACCAUGACUAUAUAACAAAGGUUUAUAUACGAGGUGGUCGUGAAGGAAUUCAUUACAUCAAAUUGGAUUAUGUCAAGGAUGGCCAAUCCAUAGAUGGAUCAGUCCAUGGUGUUUCGGGUGACGGUUUCACACAUACUUUAGAGAUUGACCAAUCCAAUUAUGAACACAUUGUGUCUGUUGAUGGUUACUACGAUGACAAGACCGGUGUGAUGCAAGCCCUUCAAUUUAAAACCAACCUGAAGACUUUUGAAUUAAUUGGAUACCCAAAGGGUACGAAGUUUUCACUUGAAGUCAAUGGCAAGAUUAUCAUUGGUUUACAUGGAUUUUCAGGAAAAUUCCUAAACUCCCUUGGAGCAUAUGUAACAAUGGCUCCUCCUACUAAAUCGGAACUCGUCGGUGGUUUAUAUGGAGGUGUAUAUUGGGACGAUGGUCCUUAUUAUGACGGUGUAAGAAAAAUGUAUGUUACUUAUACUAACUAUCUUAUUAGGAGUAUCAGCACCGAUUAUGACAAAGAUGGCCAAGUGGUAACAUCUUAUCACGGUAGCAAGGAUGGAGAGACAAAGGAGUUUGCGAUUGACUAUCCAAACGAAUAUUUGACGACAGUUGAAGGUACCUACAAUACAAUCCCCGAGGAUGGCGUUUUGGUCAUUAGGUCGUUGAGUUUCAAAACAUCCAAAGGAAGAAUCUCUCCCACGUAUGGAUUAGUGUCUGGUACUGAAUUCGUGUUCGAGAGACAAGGUAAUGCUAUUGUUGGGUUUCAUGGACGGGAUGGGGGUGGCUUCGAUGCUAUGGGAGUAUAUUUCUCACCGAUAGUUACUUCGUAAUUAAGAAUUAUGAAGAUUAUAAAUUCUUAGGGUUCCAUGGAAAAACUAGCUAGUCAUGACGAGUUUUGGAAAGUUUGACCAUGGUGCUUUAAUGCUUUCUAGUAGUAUCUUUUACUCUGUACUCUGCGUGUUGUAUGUCUCAACUGUUGUUAAUUUGGUGUUGGUUUUCCAUUCCGCAAAUCUCAUGUAAUAACACAAGGUUUGACUAUUCAAGCCUAUCUCAAUAUAUAUAUUUUCCACAUAAAAGAAUUUUUAUAUCAUUAUUACC